AUGGACUUCAGAGGGAUAGGGAGAGCCGCCGGAGCACCGCCAGAGGGGUCCUCCGGCGGCGGCGGCGGCGGCGGCGUACCGGCGGCGCUGGCUCGGCAGCCUUCCAUCUACGCUCUCACCUUCGAGGAGUUCCAGAACACGCUGGGAGCUAGCAGGGACUUCGGCUCCAUGAACAUGGACGAGCUGCUCAAGAGUAUCUGGACAGCGGAGGAGACUCAGACGAUGUCCUCCUUCGCCGACGGCGGCGGCGGCACCGCCGGCGUGGUGGCGGGGCUACAGAGGCAGGGAUCCCUUACGCUGCCGCGGACGCUGAGCCAGAAGACGGUCGACGAGGUCUGGAGGGACGUCUUCAAAGACGGCGGCGCCGCCGCCGUCCCCGGCGUCGGCGCCGGCCUGCAGCCGCCGGUGCAGCGACAGCCCACGCUGGGGGAGGUGACCCUAGAGGAGUUCCUCAUCAGGGCGGGGCUGACGAGGGAGGCCGUCGAACCAGAGAGGACCGCCAUUAAUGGUGGCUCCCUGCUCUUCGGGAACGCUUCGUCCUCGCUGGUGAACAGCUCCCCGAGGCUCUUCCUCGGGUUCUCUCCGGCAGCGCAGCAGAGCAAUGGACCGGGGCCGGCGGCGGCGGCGGCCGGCAACAUGAUGAUGAACGGCGGCGGCGCUGCUCUGCGGCCGCAGAUGCAGGUGGCGGCGGGGAGGGUGACUGUAGCAUCGGCAUCUCCGGCGAGUCAACUCCCCCCCGAGGAUCUGGGGAGAGGCAACGACGACUCAUCUUCUCUGUCGCCCGUUCCGUACAGAUUUGGGGAGGGGAUGAGGGGGAGGAAGCCCGGCGGAGGGCUGGAGCGGGUAGUGGAGAGGCGGCAGAGGCGGAUGAUCAAGAACAGGGAAUCAGCUGCAAGGUCCCGGGCUCGGAAGCAGGUGAGAUUUUCCCUCAGUUCUUCAUCAUCUCCAUCCAAAAAAAUUCACUCACUCUCUGAAGUAAUUCGGUUUUCAACAGGGAUUCAUUCCUGCUUUCAUUUACACCAUUAUCACAUGCUCUCUCUCUCUCUCUUUUCUAAGAAAUGGAGGUUGUGAUCAGUUUUCUCCAUCAUUUUUGCAAAAACCAUGGUCAGAUUUUUAUAAAAACCACAGGUUCUAGAGAGAGCAUUGUUCAUCGUUUUCAAUGUAGGAUUUCUUCAUCGUUUCCAUUGAUCGUGGGAGUUUCUGAGUCUGCAGAUUUAAUCUGUUUGUGUUUUUAUUUUUUGCCUGGCAGGCGUACACCAUGGAACUGGAAGCUGAAAUAACCAAGCUCAAAGAGCAGAACGAAGAGCUGCAGAAGAAACAGGUGCGGGUUCUUGUUUCACCUAUCAGUCUAGUUGGAUUAUAAUUGUCUCAUUUGGGAAAUCUGAAGUCGGUUUUUGAUAAAAAAAUGUUUUUAAAAUGGAAAAUAAGUUUUAUGUGAUCCAUUUAUUGGCUAAUUUUUAAAAAAUAUUUAUGGGAAGGGCGAGUUGUGGUAAAACAAUUUCCUAGAUUCAUGUGUAGUCCAUUUUCUGGCUGAUUUCGUAAAAGUAUUUAUCAGAAAAGAAAAAAUCACAAAAAAAUAAUUCCCGAGAGGGAAAGGAAGAGCAGUAUGCAAUAGAUUUUACUUGGUAAAAUUUGUGAAAUAUUUAUCCCAAAAUAAUUUUUUUCUAUAAAAUAAUCCCAAAAGGAAAAGGAGAUCACAUGUGGUGCAUUCUUUUCACAGAAAAUUUGACAACUAUUCAUUGAAAAAAGGAUUUUUUUUGACAGGAACAGCUCUCGAAAAGGGUAAGAAAUCACGUGUAGUCCGUUUUCUGGGUAAUUUCCGUAGAAAUACUUUCGGAAAAAUAUAAUUUUUUAAUAGAGAAAUUUUCCAGGAGGGAAGGGAAGACCCGUAUGCAAUCGAUUUGUUGGCUGAUUUUGUACAAAUAUUUUACGUAGAAGAAUACUUGAUUUUGAUAAAUAAAAAAGUUCCCAAAAGGAAGAAAACUUGUUUUAUCAUUUGCGGUCCUGUUCUUGACCAAUUUCGGAUAAAUAUUUAUCGGGGAAGGAAAAUUGCAUUUAAUAAAAAAAAUCCCCAGAAGGAAAAGGAUAUGUGGUCCUCUUUGGCAAUUUUUUCUAAAGCAUUUAUCAGAGACUAAAUAUCUUUUUAAGAAAAAGUUUCUGAAAAGAAAAUUAACUCAUAUUUUCUGGCUAAUUUUGUAAAAAAAAAUUAUUGGUGCCGUUUUCUAACACUCCUCAUCUAAUAAAUUACAGGAGGAGAUUCUGGUGAUGCAGAAAAAUCAGGUAUUUUCUUCUUUCUCGUUCACCUGCAGAAUUAAUUUUCGCUUGAAAUUAUUCCAUUUAAAUCAAUGGAAAAUGCUGUCCACUCUCUCUAUAGAUGGUCUGCCUCCUCAUCCUAAAUGAGCAUGUCUACGGCUUUUAAGCGCUGAUUUUGUUCAUCUCAACUGUAUUCUGUAUUAUUUAAUGAGAUUUUUUCUUGCUAGAAAUAUUCUUCUGUGUUUAAAUUCCCAUUUAAAAUUAUUAUUUUUCUUCGAAGCUUGAGCAUUUAGCAUUGGUUCAGAUUUUUCUCAAAUCGAUUUUUUCUCUUGGCUUUCUUGCAUUUGGCUCGAAAUUCCCCUUUUUUCAGUUUUUUUUUGCCGAAUGCCCCUUGAAAGUUUAAUAAUAGAAAAGCUCCCUGAGUAUCAUUAAAUUUUCUGAUGUGAAAAAGGGAGGGGGGGGUCAAACACUCCCUGCUGAUGUGGCUUCCCACAUGGCAGCUGAUGAGGCAGCCCAUUGUUGAUGUGGAUAUGCUGUUGCAUUACUAUUAAAAGGUUCUUUGUGGAGAACAGGAACUGACACCAUGAAGUGAGAUGAUAUAAUUAUCUGCAUUGGAUCAAUUUAAGCCUGCUUGGGUAAGUUGACAGAAAGGUCCCAUUUUCUUGGGGGAGAUCCGUGUUGUUUUUCUUCAACUGUCAUUUGACCUAGAGAAUAAAGUCAACACAGGUUUGUCAAUAAACAGGUUCUAUAAUUUUCUGUAUUGUGUCAAUCAAACCCCCCUGCGUCAGAAUUCUGCACUUUUUUCUUCAUCUUUCAUUUUCAGCCUCCCAAAAAAUAGGUCAACGUGGGUAUAGAAAACAUUGGCUACAAGGCUAUCUAAUAUGGGAUCAAUUAAAGCAGCCCUACCUAAUUAACAAGAAAUCUAAAAAGAAAAAGUCAACAUGGGUUGGGAAGCCCAUUAGCUUGCUCUACAUAACCCAACUUGGCUUUUCAUAAUUGAUUCCUUUUUCAUGUUUAUACUUGUAGUAUGCACCCAUGUAGAAUUUCUUGAUACUUGAAUUUUUUUUCAUAUGAAUGAGAUAAUAAGGGUUCAUUUUUCAUGUGAUUUCCUAGGUUUUGGAGAAGGUUAAUCAGCAAUAUGGAUCAAAGAAGCAGUGUUUGAGAAGGACUCAGACGGGCCCGUGGUAG